AAUAGUUAAUAAUAGUAUUUUCGUGAAAUAUGUAUGAAUUCACUAAAGAAGGAAUUAUGUAUUUCAGAAUUAAUUAAAAUCUUCAUUUAUUUAAUAAUCAUUUAAUUGAUAAUUUUAUUGGGAUAUUCACUGUUUAAUUCAAUUAUACCAUUGGUUCACAAUUAUGUCUAAAUUAUCACCGGAUCAGAUCAACGUCCUUUCAGUUCGCGCCUACUAUGAUAAUAAAACAUUUACAAAUACAACUGAAAUGACAAAUUUGCUGAAAUAUGAAAGUCAACAUUUCCGAUGUAAAGUCCAGCUAGAGAUUAAUGAAUGUAUUGCCGACCGAUGUUGGAGUAUUGGCCUCAUACAGGCAUGCGAUCGUAUGUAUCUAGAGAAUCGUUACGGACAUAGUGGUAGUUCAUUUUGGGAAUUCCACCCACUGAAAAGUGGACGACAUAAAAUGGUCAAUGACAGCGACGGGAGACAGUAUCCUUUCUAUAGUCUAACAAGUAGUAAAUUUGAAAUACGUCGAGGUGUUGUGUCUGAUAGUCUGGUGUCGUUGACUUAUGAGGAUCAUUUCUAUCCAACUGUUGCUUGGGAGUUGCCCUACUAUGGUGGUGCGAAACUGACAGAUGUGAUAAGAAAACAAGACUUUUGGGUUUGGCUAGUCGCUAUCAAACGUGCUAGUAGUCGUUCAAUCUCAUGUGAUCUCUUCAAUGCAAAACACGAUGAAGUAUACAUUUUGAAGACAAUGCGUUGGCGUUACAGCCUACAUAUGACUUUUGAUCCACACCAACCAAUCGGGAAACGUUUGCAAAGAAUUUACGAUGUGCAAGAGGAGCAACCAAUCAUUUUAGAUGGGAACAGAUCUCUUCCGCUUUCAGCUCUAAGUCCACCACACUGUAAUGCUGCUCAAUCGCUUAUCUGGUAUCCGAAUAAUCCUACAGAUCGACCGAAAUUACUUGUCCCACCGAAACAAAUUAUUGUCCCUUGGGAGACAUGGAUUAAUGAUAUGGCACCGGGCAGGGGUUUGAAUGUUAAAAAACCGGAACAAUGUAAGCUUGUAGGGGAAUGGUCCCACGAUACAGAGAUUGGGAUUGACACAACAACAGAUAGUUGUUGUCUGACAAAACCAGGGUAUGGCAGUGGCAGUAGUCGUGGUUGGAAGACAACAGCACCGGUAGAACCAGCUGUCACUGGUGCCACAGCCACGAACAACACAGUCUCUACUUCAAGAUCUACGCGUACCCCAAGUCGUCCAAGAGGUUAAACACUGCAGAGAUUGAAUUGUAAACACCUGAUUUAUAUUUAUUCAUCAAAAAGGAUCACAUUUAUUUUCUAUUACUUUGUAUUUCAUUUUAUCAGAGAAGAUCACUGAUGAAGAUAUCAGCAUCAUCAAUCACACAAGGAUAAAUUGAUAGAAGGGGAUUUACUUCAAAAAUGUCUUUGUUUAUAGAUUUUACUUUUCUGAAUAUUCUGUUCUCUAAAUGACAAUUCUAGAAACGAUAAUAAUGCUAUUAAUAAUUGUCUAAUUGCUGUCAUUGUCUAAAGUGAGUUUUCAUGAGAUUUUGUGCGUGUCCCCCGGUGAGUGAACACCUAGUCACUAGAACAUUGAAUUAUCUAUCGUUUUAAGUUUGCUUUCCAUCGCAUUUUAUUUAUCUGUAUGUAUAUAGACAGAAAGAUAGAUAUGUG